UCAGUAUUUAUAUUUUUCUCAUGAUCACGUGAGACAAAUAUGGCUUCCACCUGAUGUCUCUGACCGAUUCGCCACUGUCAGACUAAUUUCUAACUGUCGGUGUUCAACUAAAGCCAAAUUCAGAGACAUUACAAGAAACAACAUCUGAUCAAGAUGGCAGAAUACUGGCUGAUAUCCGUUCCUGGAGAGAAGACGCUGCAGCAGUCCUGGGAAACCCUCAACAAUGCCACCAUGAGGAACCAAGUGUUGUCAACCAAUUACAAGUUUGCCAUUCCAGAUCUCAAGGUUGGAACAUUGGAUGUCCUUGUUGGUCUUUCUGAUGACAUGGGCAAACUGGACAUUUAUUGUGAAAGUGUUACCAGGAAAAUAGCACAAUACUUAGGGGAAACACUGGAGGAUCGUAGUGAUAAAUUACAAGGAAAUUUACAAGUCAAUGGAGUGGAUAUGGUAACCUACCUGACACGAUUCCAGUGGGAUUUGGCAAAGUAUCCCAUCAAACAAUCCCUGAAAAACAUUGCCGAAAUAAUCGGAAAGCAAGUUUCACAGAUUGAAACAGACUUGAAAACAAAAGCCACUGCAUACAACAAUCUGAAGGGAAAUCUACAGAACCUGGAAAGAAAGUCCACGGGAAGUUUGUUUACAAGAAACCUGACAGAAUUGGUGAAGAGGGAAGACUUUGUGCUGGACUCGGAGUAUCUACAGACACUGCUGGUGGUGGUUCCCAAAAAUAUCAUUCAUGACUGGCAGGCAAAGUAUGAGUCAUUGACUGAUAUGGUGGUUCCUAGAUCAUCAAGGACACUGUUUGAGGACGAUGAGAACUGCCUUUGUUCUGUGACACUCUUCAGGAAAGUAGCCGAGGACUUCAGAAACCGAUGCCGUGAGAACAGAUUUAUGGUCAGAGAUUUUACAUACAAUGAGAAAGAUAUAGCUGAUGGCAAAAUGGAAAUCUCAAAACUGGAGGAUGAUAAAAAGAAACAAUAUGGCCCUCUGGUUAAAUGGUUAAAAGUCAACUUUGGGGAGGCUUUUUCUGCUUGGAUACAUGUCAAAGCUCUUAGAAUAUUUGUGGAGUCUGUACUUAGGUAUGGAUUGCCUGUUAAUUUCCUUGCGGUACUUAUACAACCACACAAAAAGACAACCAGGAAGCUACGAGAAGUCAUGAACCAGUUGUACGCUCAUCUAGACUCACCGGCCUCUCAAGAUGCGGGACAGAUGGAGAUUCCAGGGUUGGUGGGGAUCAGCAAUGUGGACUACUAUCCGUAUGUGUAUUACAAAAUCGGCCUGGAUCUGGUGGACCCACUCAAGUAAAUCUGGCCUCCAGGCUCUGUGAUGAUUCCAUACUAUUCUAUAAGGUUGGACACUGUAACUGCAGGCUGGUAAUGCUGCUGCUCUCAGCUUGAGGGUAAAGGUCAAAUCCAUGACGAUAUAGUGAUAUUUAUGUUACCUAGGUUACCGUUGCCAUGUAUUCUAUAUGAACAAGUCAUUCCUCUGUUGAUUGGGUUUUUAAAUUAUAUAUGUUAUUCCUGUUUGUUCAAAGAAACCAACACCAGUCUCUGUAUGGGUAUUAAUCCGAGAAAAAGAAGGGUCGGGGGCAAGGGGGGCUCUGACGAUGUAUCACCAUGCAUGUAAUGAUUAUCCCUACAGUGAAAGAAGGGAUAACUUUAAUGUUGGAGUUUUCAUAAUUAAGAAUGAAAGAUUCAUCGUAGCUGUUGGUUUCUUUGUUUAAACAGAAAGGGUAGAGGACCAUUAGAGGGUCUGGGAACUGUGAUUCAAUUGUAUUGAUUACGUAAUGAAAUGUAUAUAGUCAUUAUUAGAAGUCCGUUAUUUCCACUGAGAUCCAGCACUGUAGAUGAUAAAGUCUUGUGGUUACAAUUUCUUUCAAAGUUGUCAAUUUACUAGCUAGGUACAUUUAUUUUUAGGGAAGAAAAAGUAAUCAUGCAUUAUAUUUACAUAUAUUCUGUAUAUCACUUGCAAUAAGCAGAUGUUGAAACUAGUCAUAAUGUUAACUGCAUGUAGAACAUGUUUGUAUAACAUGUUGAGAUAUGUGUAAAUGGAAAUAAUGUAUCUAAUUGAUAAUAAAGUAUAUACAAAAUAA